UACAGCGCUUUAUUAUGAAGCUUCGGAGCUUUGCGUUGAACGUUACAUCACUAUACAGCGCUAUUUGUGCACAUUUCAGGCGUUUGCCGUCGGAAAUGGACGUUUCGCAGGCAACAAUAUCUGCUCUUCCUAUCACACAAGAAUAACCACUCUUCUCCUACAGCAAUUCAUCAGUAAAUGCUGGAAUAUUCACAUCACCCUAAAAAGUGAAGAAGAUAGAGUUUAAGAAAGAGCAGAGAGAACAUGAAUGAACCCUGCAGAAUAAAACAAGAAGAUACUGAAGAACAAAGAGACCUGAAGGGAGAAAUCAAGGAAAGUGAAGAAAUUGCUGAAGCGGAGGAGAAACAUGAUGUCAAAUCCGUAAUAAAGUCUUCGAGCCACUCACCAAAAAGAAAAGGCAAGAAGUCUUUUACCUGCUUUCAGUGUGGAAAGCGUUUCUUAUACAAACAAAGUCUGAAACAUCACAUGAGAAUCCACACUGGAGAGAAGCCGUAUACAUGUGAUCAAUGCGGGAAGAGUUUCGCACAAAAAGGAGGCCUUAAAUAUCACAUGAAAAUCCACACUGGAGAGAAGCCUUACACGUGUGAUCAGUGCGGGAAGAAUUUCACACUUGCCGAAAGUCUUAAAUUACAUGUGCGUUCUCAUUCUGGGCAGAGGCCAUAUAACUGUGAUCAGUGUGGUAAAACGUUUAUUAGGGUAGCAUCCCUGAAGAGGCAUCUGAAAGUUCAUACAAAGGAGAAGCCUUAUGUUUGUUCUCUGUGUGGAAAGAGUUUUAGUCAGAUGGGCGCUUUAAAUACGCACCAGAUAAGGCACAGCGGUGUGAAGAAUCAUAUGUGCUUUGAUUGUGGAAAAUCCUUUGUUAGAGAUGCUGAACUGAAGCAGCACCAGAAAACUCACACUGGAGAAAAACCUUACAAGUGUUCACACUGUGGCAAGAGUUUCAGUCAAAUGGGACAUCGGAAAAUACAUGAGAGGAUCCACACUGGAGAGAAGCCGCACACGUGUGAUCAGUGCGGGAAGAGUUUCACACAUCCAAACACUCUUAGAUUACAUCUCCUUUCUCAUUCUGGAGAAAGACGGUAUAACUGCGAUCAAUGCGAUAAAACAUUUGUUAAGGCAGUAUGCCUGAAGGCCCACAGGAAAGUUCAUUUAAAGGAGAAACCUUACAAGUGUUCACUGUGUCAAAGGGGUUUUACUCAACUAGGUGCUUUAAAAUUACACCAGAAAAGACACAGCGGUGUGAAAGAUUAUGUGUGCUUCGAAUGUGGAAAGACCUAUAUUACAAACGCUGAAUUGAAACUGCACCAGAGAACUCACACUGGAGAAAAACCUUACAAGUGUUCACACUGUGACAGGAGAUUCAGUUGGUUAGCAUCUCUGAAAAUACAUGAGAGGAGCCACACUGGAGAGAAGCCGUAUACAUGUGAUCAAUGUGGGAUGAGUUUCAGACAAAAAGAAUCUCUUAAGGAGCACAUGACAAUCCACACUGGAGAGAGGCCACACACCUGUGAUCAGUGUGGAAAGAGUUUCAGAAAGUCUUGCACCUUUAAAAUACACCUGCGUCGUCAUUCUGGAGAAAGACCAUUCACCUGUGAUCAGUGCGGUAAACAUUUUUUUAGGUCAGAUGCGCUGAAGGAGCAUCUGAAAGUUCAUACAAAGGAGAAGCCUUACAUGUGUUCUUUGUGUGGAAAUAGUUUUAGUCAGUCGGGUACUUUAAAAUUACAUCAGAAAAGACACAACAGUGUGAAGGAUCAUCUGUGCUUUGAUUGUGGGAAGACUUUUGUUAGAUAUGCUGAUCUGAAAAAGCACCAGAGAAUGCACAGCGAGGAAAAACCUUUCAAGUGUUCUCACUGCGACAAGAGAUUCAAAUGGUCAGAUUAUGUGAAAAAACAUGAGAGGAUCCACACUGGAGAGCAGCUGUUUAAUCUGCCCUAAACAGUUGCAAGAAGUGACAACACAAAGAAACAUCAUCUGCAGUUCUCAGAGUGAUCUUCAAGACCAGUGGUUUAAGUGUGAAUGUCUAAGAAUAUCUUUAUUAUGAUUUUUUUUCUGAUUUCUUUAUCCAUGUUAUCCAUGCAUGUGUAUCUCUCUUGGUUCAUUUUCUGCCAUUUAUGAAGGAAAGUAGUUUUUUCUUUCUUUUUUACAUGUAAAUGUUCUGUGCUCAUAUCAGCAGAAAGAGA